UCUGGCCUUCCUGGCAACGCCCCCCCCCAGGGCCGGGCUUCCAGGAUCCAGCCCCUAUUUAAUGGUUCGGCCCCACGGCCUCACCCGACUUUGGAGGUGGAAAGAAGCCCAGAGCGAGUGACAGGGAGAGACAGACAGAAGCAGCAUGGCAACGGGAACGCGCUAUGCCGGGAAGGUGGUGGUUGUGACCGGGGGCGGGCGAGGCAUCGGAGCCGGGAUCGUGAGAGCCUUCGUGCAAAGCGGGGCCCAAGUAGUGAUCUGUGACAAAGAUGAGUCCCGGGGCCGGGCCCUGGAGCAGGAGCUUGCUGGAACUGUCUUUCUCCUCUGUGAUGUGACUCGGGAGGAAGAUGUGAGGGCCCUCAUUUCUGAGACCAUCCGACGUUUCGGCCGCCUAGAUUGUGUGGUCAACAACGCUGGCUACCAUCCGCCUCCACAGUGGCCGGAGGAGACCUCUGCCCAGGGCUUCAGGCAGCUGCUGGAGCUGAACCUGCUGGGGAUAUACACCCUGACCAAGCUUGCCCUCCCCCACCUGCGGAAGACCAAGGGGAACGUUAUCAACAUCUCCAGUCUGGUGGGGGCCAUUGGCCAGGUCCAGGCAGUUCCUUAUGUGGCCACCAAGGGGGCAGUAACAGCCAUGACCAAAGCCUUGGCCCUGGACGAGAGUCAAUAUGGCGUCCGGGUCAACUGUAUUUCCCCAGGAAACAUCUGGACCCCACUGUGGGAGGAGCUGGCAGCCUUAUCGCCUGACCCCACUGCCACAGUCCUACAGGGCACAUUGGCCCAGCCCCUGGGCCACAUGGGCCAGCCAGCUGACGUGGGGGCUGCUGCCGUGUUCCUAGCCUCCGAAGCCAACUUCUGCACCGGGAUUGAUCUGCUUGUGACCGGGGGUGCAGAGCUGGGGUUUGGGCGCAAGGCCAUUCCGGGCACCCCCGUGGAGCCCCCCAUCAUCCCUUCCUGAUUUCCCACAUUUCCACUCGGGCCUUCCUGAUUAGGACUCCCACCCCAAACUGCGUCUCCCAGAUUUCGGCUUCUAUCAUCUGCCUCUAAGGUGCAGACCCCAACUCUAGACAUUAACUCCACUUACCAAUGUGCCAAACCACCACGCAAGUUCCCAUAAAAGUAGUUUGCAGCCAGGAGGAGGAGGGCGUCAUGACAUUUUUUUUCUGCCCCUGAGUUCUGCCACGUGGAGACCGCGUCCCCACUCCCAGCCCCACGUGUUCCCACGCGUAGCCUCGACCCGCGGGACUACAACUCCCGGCAGGCCUUGCAGCAGGCUCCUGGGAAAAGUAUUGCAGGUUGGCAAAUACAAAGGCCCGCAGGGGAGAAUAAAUUAAACCGUAUUAGGAGAUAAUAGUGGAGGUGAAACAAGAGGGCCUCCUCGUUAUUCUUGGUCCUUAAGGGAAAGGAGUUUUGACCUCACUGGCUGAGGAAUAGGAGGUUAGCGGGCUCCAGAAGUUCUGUGGGAAGCAGCAGCUAGGGUUGAGAGUCCUGGGUCAGAGAGAGGAGGGGCUGGGAUCUGGACUCCUGGGUUUGGGGGCGGAGGAAACAUGGGGGCGUGGAUUCCCCAGUUAGGGAAGAGCGGGCCUUGGAUUCCUCCAGGGGCUCCGGGCUCAGUCCGGGGUGCUUCUCCUCACUGAGGGGGUGGGGCUGCCUGGCUGCUGCGGAUUGGCCGCGGUGGGUGUGUGUGCGGCAAUCGCUGAUUGGCCGAGGCGGGGAGGGUCGUGGCCGCCACGCCCCUCGGGCCCAGGGCUCGGUGGUGGGAGAGGAGGACUGGGGAGUAGGAAGCAAAACCGGAUGAUACUCAGAGGGGGAGGGCUGGGACUUCCCGAGGUCUGUGGCUGUUAGGGCUGGGGCACAGUGACCCGGGGACAGAAUUCGGGAGCAAAAUAUCCCACAGUAGAAUUGUGGAGGCGCAGUGGCCCAGGAAUCGGAGUUUGAGGACUCAACAGGAACAAGACUUUGGUUCUUGUAAUCUGGAUGCCGGAGUUGGGGGGACUCUGACCACAGCAGGUUUUGGGGCCAGAGUGACUGAGGAGUUCGGUAUAGGAGGCACUAAUGCAGGUUUGAAUUGCUAGGGAUUAGAGGGAUCCUGAUGAGCUGUAAUUAGCUAACUCGGCCCCUGGGGGUCCUGUAGUUGAGGAGACACUCACAAGGGGGCAAAACCAGGUAACCUUGCCCUAGGGGCUGUACGGGCUGUUCUUAGAGGCUUACUCAUGGGUUUGGAUUAAAAUUUUUCGGGCCCCACUGAUGGGACUGGAACCA